GGCAACCCGCGGAGCACAACGGCAGGCAGUGAGGCAGCGAGAGAGCCACAUACACACACACACUCACUCACUCAGUCUAGCUCGGCGAGUCAGCUGGUGCGAGCGUGGUCGAGUAGAUACAAGGAGUAAAACGUAAGAAGGCGGAUGCGAUGAGGGUGGGCGUCGUGGCGUGGGCGGCGCUGGUGCUCCUGCUGGUGGGCGCCCCGGGGAAGGCGUCGAUAGAGGAGGACCUCGAUGUCGCAGGUCUCGAACAAUCGGUGAUCGACCUCCUGAAGCCUUAUCUCGGCGAUAUCGGCAUGGCUCUGCAAGGUUUCAUUGAUAUCGGCAAAAUCGGGAUGGGGGUUGCCAAGUUUAUCAACAUCAUUGCGGAUCAGGUGUUUAAUAUGUCAGUCGAGGAUAUGAAUUUCGGCUCAUACAUCCCCAUGGCUGACAGGAAACUACUCGGCAUGUUUGAAAUUUUGUCUCGACGCAUAGACCAGGUGGAACACGGGAUUCACGGAGUCGCAAACUCUUUACGUGACAUCGCUGACGGACUUCAAGACAUGGUCCGUUGGGAGAUCGCUCUUGACACCAUGGAAGAGUACACGAGACCCAUCCACACCUUGUACAAGCGCUUCCUCUUGUACCAGCAACACAAGGAUAGGGUAGAGGACCACACCCUCAUGGCCUUCGCUAACAGUGUGGUGUCCCAUGAUUCUCAUUCUGUCAUGUCGCUCAUGGCGCAUCUGCAUGACAUGGCGGCCCCGAAAGCUGCACAGAGAAGAGCCUCGCUUCUGCCCGCCUACAGAGAGACUGGCCCACCAUGGAACAACCCAAAGGACGUGUAUCGCGUGAAGGAGAAAGUAUCCCGCCGCCUGGACGUGCAGGAGAGGCUGGUGGUAAGGAACGGCGGCCAGAACAAGAAGGAGGACCUCUCGCUUCGUCCCAGUCUCUUCUACAUGCUGCAUAACGCUCUGAAGAGGAGUAACCAGUGCAGCCUGGAACAGUCUCCACAACAGUUGAUGAACGGUUUGCACCUCCUGCUGGCGCUGACGCAGGCUCGGGGUUUUGCCAUGCUUGAGUUCUCCUGGAUGAUCCUCAGGGUCUAUAAUGAAGGAAACUUCACCGUGGAGCAACAGCUGGCUAAGGAUCUCUACUUGCAAUACUCUGAGGACAUCCUGAUGGAGGCGAAGGAGGUCCUCCAGCUGCAGUCUCGGGACUACAUGAGGUGUGACCCCAGGGAACACGUGGAGGGCGAAACCUACGUACAGUUCACCGAGCUCCUUCAGGGUUACAUCGAGAACGAAGUAGACAUGAACAGCGACGGCUCUUGCUCUCAGAACUGCGCCUACUAUCAGCACGCCAAGAGUGAGAGCUGCUACCUACCCACCUCUCAGUACUGUGGGAAACACCGCCGCUGCAAGGGCACGGUUCACGACUGUCGCUUCUAUGACGCCGACGCCUGGGUCUGUCUCUCCAGGAAGCCGUACAGGAGAUACGAGUCGAUUCGGUAUGAAAACCGCCUCAUCCUGGGUCCCCACGGCCAGUGCGACAGUUCUGAGAUGAAGGUGGACUCCUGGUGGAGGUUCUUCUUCCACUGCUCCUACUGCCUCUGCCUCUGCGAUGACGACACCUCGCCCUCCACCGACCGAUACGUCAGUCUCAUGCCGGCCGUCAGUGACACGCGGAAUAACAUGGUGGUAACUGGAAUCAAGUUCACGAAGCAGAGGAGAAUAAUUCACCUCAAAGUACAGCAGGGUCAGGCGCUCCCGCAAGGACAGGUUAACAGCUCCACGAUACAGUGGGUGGACGUCGAACCGAUCAGCAUCAUCAGCACGCAGUACCAAGAGGGGAGGGACUACAAGAAACUCUCCUUUGAAGACAGAAACAUUGACCUGGAUCGCCUGCAGGCCCCAAGCGACCACGUGGUGACUGGCGUGAGGUUUAGAAUGCUCGGCCCACACAUCAAUCUGGAGGUUCAAGUGACGCCAGUGAAUUACACAACGGGCGAGCUCCAGCCCUUCAAAAGUUACUGGAUCAGCAACGACAACACCCCCGUCAUGGCAAAGAACCCGAGGAGGGAAUUCAAGCUGUACGAACCCGACGACCCGACCCGGUUCCCCUCGAUACACAAGAUCGACUCGCAGCCGGAUACCUUCAUUCGCUUCGGACCGACCUCCAGAGGGAAGGACGUGGCGCAACUGACGGUGCCCUUCUUCGACGCCCAGAACGUGUCCCCCUCGCCGAGCUCCUGGUUCUCCGGGGUCGAGCUCUUCCACAAGGGACACCCUGGCUCUGGCGGCUUCCUCGGGCUCAGGGUCACCACCUAUGACAUGACGCCGUAUAUGGAGGAACAUGAGGAGGGGAAGGAAACACGCGUCGAUCUCCCCAGCCCCCCGAUUGUGUAACGGAACGUGUCAGGCUGUUACAGUGUGUAUUUCUCGUUUUGUUGCUCGUCCCCGCCCAGUUGUUUAUUCUACCCAGGAGUCAGUUCUUUCGUGGGGAGAAAGAAAGUUAAGAGUUUAACAGUAAUUAUCUUUGCAGCUUAUUAUAAUAUAGCAAUGCUGAUCGCAUUUACGUCGUAUUCAUGCCUUUACUUAAUUAUCAGACUGUGUGACAAGGCAAUAAGUAAUCGCUUCAGAGGCAUAUAAAAUCAUUAGAAAAUAGCUCCACCAUAUAUUUUUAUAUCUAAAGUAAGUGAAAUGCAUCGUUGUACCCUGUGUUUCAAGUUAAGUCACAAAAUGUGUAUUUUAUUUGUUGUUGGGUUACCCAUUUUUGAAAUCCCAUAUAAUAUGCUUUACAUUAGUUCUGUCUAAGAAAGAAAACAUUUGUAAUUAUAGAAAAUAAGAAGCACCCGACUGGCAAUCAACAGUUGCCUUCUGUAUUCCUGAAAUCUCUGAAAGGUAAUUCUGCAGGGAGGGACAGAAGGUCCCAGGCUCACGUAACACAUUUUUCUCUGUAAACACAAAUAAACAUAUACACUUAAA